GUGGACCUUUUGUGGCUGGGUUUUAUGGUCGACGAAGAGUUCGCCAAGUUAGUGGUCAAUACAAUUCUCCUGUUCUCGUUUUUCGGAAUACCGAUGCGCGUGCUAUCAGCUCGCGGCUGUCGUAUAGAUUUCAUGGACGCCCUAAUGCUAACACAUGUGUAAACCUAUAUCUAUAUCUAACCCACGUCCAUGUGCCAGUGCCUCUGUGUGCCGCGUAUGACUAUGCCGAAGGAAACUCUUAAUCAUUUUCGGCUGAGUUUAGUGUGCAUAGGGCGGUGCUCGCAGCGCCAGAGAAUUCGGUGAUCACAAGUUUCAAUUUUGUUUGCUUACCUCCCUCCCAACCAUGUCUUUGACCAAGGCGUCGUCGCGGAAGGACCUAGCGGAACAGCAUCCGAGCCCAGAGCCGGGCCAGCCCAAGUCGACGACCAUAGUGAAGUAUGAGAAGUCCUCGUGCCUCUUCUGCAACGAAUGGUUUGACGCCCAGACAUUCACGGAACACUUGAUCCACUGCGGCCAGGUGCUGGAGGAGUGCCCCAACGGCUGCCAGGCCUUCAUCCCGCGCAUCCGCAUGCGCUCCCACCUGAAGGAGUGCCCCAGGACCAAUCUGCAAGGGCCCAACGGCCAGCGAAUGAGCGUCAGCAUGGACCGCCUCGACCGACAGUCCGACCAGCGCCUCCUGGUGAUCGAGCAGGACGUGGGCACCAUUCGGUCCGUGCUCAACGAGGAGAUCCGCCAGCGCCUGCACCUCAUCACCGACGUGGGCAACAUCCGCAAGCAGAACCAAGUCGUCGACGACUGGACCCGCGACACCGACAAGGCACUCGACGACCUCCGCCGCCUGAUGGACGCGGAGGCCUCCCAGAGGGCCUUUGCCACCGAACAGAGCCAGCUCGACUUGCAGUACUGCUGCGAUAUCGCUCAGGCCUUAAAGGAGCAAGUCGAGUCCAGACUGGACGAGGCUCAGAAGAUGGUAAACCAGCUCUCAGCGGACGUGACCUUCCACCAGAAUCAGCUUAACGACAACAUCCUUAAGCUGGAGGAGCUGAUCUUCGAGAACGAAAGGCUCAACCGGGAGAAGUUCUUUCAGAUCGAGGAAUUCCUGCAGCAGAUCAAUGAGGACAUCAAAACGAGGCUGGGCAAUAGCGACUACGUCACCUCGAAGCAGGCUACACUGGACUACGAGGUCAAGAAUGUGAAGAACAUCGUGUGUGAGACCGAGGAGCGGUGCGACAAACUGGACCGGGCUCUGCACCAGACCAUGCAGAACCUGUCGGAUCUGGAGACCCAGAUGGCCAUGCAGCAGCGCAUCGCUAGCGUGCAGAACAUAAGGGGGCACUUGAUCUGGCGCAUCAAGGACUACUCGAAGAAACUGGACGAGUCGAAGCAGUACGACACCAUCCUGCACAGCGCGAUGUUCUCCAACAAGGCAUUCAGCUAUGCUCUUCGGCUGGAUAUAUACUUGAACGGCAAGGGCACCUGGAAGGGGCGCAACAUGAUCGCCUGCCUCAACGUCUUGUCCGGGGAGUACGACCCGCUUUUGGCCUGGCCCUGUCGUCUGCAGGCCGAGAUCAUUAUCCGCGAUCAGAACUCAAAUGCGGCGGAGGCCGAGGACUAUAUCAAAACCAUCUUCGUGCGCAAGAAGAGCGACGACUUCAUCCAGAGCAACCAGUACUUUCAUAUACCCCACAAGGUCAUCACCAGCCGAAACUAUCUCCGCAACGAUUCGAUGUUCAUCGAGGUUCGAGUUCUGAAGUAAUUCUCAUUGUUUUAGCUCUUCUUGUAGAACAUUCAAAUAGCUAGAACAUGGAACCCAAUACCGAAAUGAAAAACUUGACAACAGAUCUAAUGCACACAUAUAUAAUAAUUUAUUCAGUUGAGAGCGAACUAGAAGUUAAACACUUGCUCACAAACUCGAGUAUGUAUAGUGUAUAAGUGAAUACAAAUCGAUUCGGUUCAAUAAGAAUAUAUUUCAGUGUAUGUUUGCAGUUUUAAAUGCUUUGAAGUAGGCAAUAAAGUUACAUUGAGGCACUCUUGAGACGAAGUCGGUAGGUAGAAAGCUAAGUCUAAUUUACUGCCUAGUUUUUAUUGCAACAGUUUUGUGGCCACUUAAUAAAACAUUAGCAAAUCAUUGUUUUCUCAAA